AUGCAGCUGUUUAGUGACGCUGGGUCAGAAAGAUCUAAUGACAUUCGGAAUUCUGAAAAUGCUAGUGGGACUCGUACGACGAAUACUCCUUCAGUGGGUAGUCGCAGCGGCGCCGAUCAAGAUAGUAUUACAGGCCUUGUUACUGCGAGGUUUAAGCAUAUCAUAACAGCAGAAGGCCACGCCGUCAUUACUGGUCGUGAUGGGGAGACAUUGCAGCGCUGCGAAGACGAGCCGAUCCACAUUCCUGGAGCUGUGCAAUCCUUUGGUCUGCUGAUGGCAUUGGAAGAAAAAGAGGAAGGUCAACUGCUGGUUCGAGUAGUCAGUGAGAACUCACAUCGAAUGAUUGGCUACCAUCCCCAGGAACUCUUCAAGUUAACAAGCUUUACCGAUAUUCUCAGCGAGGAGCAAACGGACAAUCUUCUGGAUCAUGUUGAUUUCAUUCGCGACGAGGAAGCCGAUCCUGCAACAAACGGACCUGAAGUCUUUACCAUCUCCAUCAAGCCGCCAAAGUCGGGCAAGAGAAAUCAGAAACUGUGGUGUGCUAUGCACAUCAAUCCUGCACACCCUGAUCUCAUCAUAUGUGAAUUUGAACUGGACGAUGAUCAGGUGAACCCCUUGACACCUCCAAGCAGUGAUACGCCAGAGCCUCCGGAAGAUACACUAGACAGCCAGCCAACUCAAGAAGAAUAUGCCGAGAGUACGAACAUCGGCAGUAAGCCCUUACGAGUUCUGCGAAGCGCAAGGAAGCGCAAAGGAGAAGCUGCGGCGAUGGAAGUCUUCAACAUUAUGUCUCAGGUUCAAGAACAGUUGGCAUCGGCUCCUAAUCUUGACAAGUUUCUGAAAAUCUUGGUUGGUGUGGUUAAAGAGCUUACUGGGUUCCAUCGAGUUAUGAUAUAUCAAUUCGACGCAGGUUUUAAUGGCCGAGUUGUGACGGAACUUGUCGACCCUAGGGCUACCAAGGAUCUCUACAAAGGCCUUAACUUUCCUGCCUCGGAUAUUCCAAAGCAGGCCCGCGAUUUGUAUAAAGUUAACAAGGUCCGAUUACUCUAUGAUCGAGAUCUAGAGACGGCACGACUGGUUUGUCGCAGCGUAGAAGAUCUGGAGACACCCCUGGAUCUUUCUUUCAGCUACUUACGAGCCAUGUCCCCUAUUCACAUUAAAUAUCUUGCAAAUAUGGCUGUUCGCGCUAGCAUGAGUAUCUCGAUCAAUGCCUUUAAUGAAUUAUGGGGUCUGAUUGCUUGCCACUCUUACGGUCACAAGGGGAUGCGUGUUUCAUUUCCGAUUAGAAAGAUGUGCCGUUUGGUUGGAGACACAGCUUCGAGGAAUAUAGAAAGGUUGUCGUAUGCUUCUCGUUUACAAGCUCGCAAGCUUAUCAAUACGGUCCCAACUGAAGCCAAUCCAUCUGGCUAUAUUAUCGCCUCUUCCGACGACCUCCUCAAACUUUUCGAUGCCGAUUUUGGCUUACUCUCAAUUAAAGGAGAGACCAAGAUUCUCGGCAAACUCGAUCAGUCACAGGAGGCACUUGCUAUGUUGGAAUACCUUCGUCUGCGCAAGAUCACCUCUGUCAUUACGUCCCAAGAUUUUCGAGAGGAUUUUCCAGACUUGCGUUAUCCUCCAGGCUUCGAUGUCAUUGCAGGUCUUCUUCUUGUCCCAUUAAGCGUCGGAGGUAGUGACUUCAUCGUUUUCUUCCGCAGAGGUCAGGUCAAAGAGGUGAAAUGGGCUGGUAAUCCAUAUGAAAAAUUCAUAAAGGAGGGCACAGAAGGCUAUCUAGAACCACGCAAAAGCUUCAAGACGUGGAGUGAAACUGUUGUCGGUAAGUGUCGAGAAUGGACUGAAGAGCAGGUCGAAACUGCUGCUGUUCUCUGUCUCGUGUAUGGAAAGUUCAUCGAGGUAUGGCGGCAGAAAGAAGCCGCUCUCCAAAGCAGUCAAUUGACAAGGCUUCUAUUGGCCAACUCUGCUCACGAAGUUCGAACUCCACUGAACGCUAUUAUCAAUUAUCUCGAGUUAGCGCUCGAAGGUGCUCUUGAUCAGGAAACGAGAGAUAAUCUUGCAAAAUCCCAUUCGGCAUCGAAGUCCCUGAUCUAUGUCAUCAACGACCUCCUUGAUCUGACAAAGACCGAGGAAGGCCAAGACCUGAUUAAGGACGAGGUUUUUGAUCUUUCAGCCACCAUCCGCGAAGCUACAGAUUCGUUCAGAAGCGAGGCUAAGAGGAAAGGCAUUGAGUACGAUGUUAUCGAGCAGCCUGGUGUACCCCAACUCGUUCACGGCGAUCAGCGUCGUGUAAGGCAAGCCAUCGCCAACAUCACAGCCAAUGCUAUGCAACACACAACUAGUGGUUGGAUUCGUGUUGAAGUCUGGCUUCAAGAAGUACAAGAAGAUAGGGCUACAGUCGAAAUCGUCGUCCAAGAUAGUGGGGCCGGGAUGUCAAACGAAAAACUCGACGCCCUAUUCAGAGAUCUGGAACAAGUGAGUACUGAUGGCGAUUAUCUCUUCGACGAAACACCAGAUGACUCUGUUGCCAAACUACCCCCGAACAAGGAUAAUCGUACGUUGGGCCUCGGUCUAGCGAUGGUUGCUAGGAUCGUACGAAACAUGGACGGACAGCUGAGACUUAAGUCGGAAGAAAACAAAGGUUCUCGCUUCGUGAUACAGCUGCCUUUCGCACUGCCGAAUGAGGAUGCCUCUACUGAAGACAAGUCUGGACGCCCGAAAACCGCCUCUGUCGUACCGUCUGUUGCAACGCCUCCACCGGCUGCUACAGAAGGAGAGGUUACUCUUGUUGAUAAAGUAAGCUCUUUGAGGGUAGAUGGCGUCGUUCGCAAACGCAGUCUCGAGGAAAUCGCAAGCAUGCGCAGUCAUCGAAGUGGUUCCAGUAAUGGAAGCAACGCAAGCAAGAAGAGUGACGUUGAUCGACUCAUCGAUGCCAUCUCUACUCCACUGGCAGUGGGCGAAGCGGAAUCUGAAGAACGCAGCCUCCAGAGGUCAGCCAGCAAGGGGAGUAGUACUCACAGCCGUAAGAGCGCUGGUAGCUAUGGAGGUCAGUCUUCGGUUCGGGCCUCCGCCGACAGGCCCGGACACUUGACUCGUUCGAGAUCUUACGGAGCACCGGAACAUUUACGUACCAACUUAGAGGGUCCUUCUGGAUCUGAGUUCGUUACUGAUAACAAGACCCUGUUGAAAGCCGUCCGAAUGCCUGACGAAUUCAUGGAAUCCCCGACAGUGGAAUACCCUCAUUCCGCCUCCCGAGUUUUGUUUGAUAUUCCAGACAAGCAGGGCAAAACGAAUGCACACAGAGAAUCUACUUCUUCUAGGCCGAAGACACCGAACGCAGAGCACUUGAAAAUUCUGGUUGCAGAGGACGACCCUGUCAACAGCAAAAUAAUACAGAAGCGAUUGGAAAAGAUCGGACAUGAAGUGCACCACACCGUCAAUGGAGAAGAUUGCGCUAGUGCUUAUGGAGAAAAGCCUGCUUUCUUCGAUGUGGUGCUCAUGGAUAUGCAGAUGCCAAUCGUAGAUGGCCUCACUUCGACGAAGAUGAUUCGCUCGCAUGAGAAAAGUCACCCCGAUAGCCGUCUCUCCCCUCGAGCAUCUGCAAACGGCCGAGUUCCUAUUUUUGCCGUUUCUGCGUCCUUAGUCGAGCGUGAACGACAAACAUACAUCAAUGCAGGAUUUGAUGGUUGGGUUUUGAAGCCUAUUGAUUUCAAACGUCUCAACGUAUUGCUCGAGGGAAUUGUUGUGGAGAAUACUAGGAAUUCUUGUCUAUAUCAUCCUGGUGGUUGGGAGAAAGGCGGGUGGUUUCAUCGAAAUCAGCCUUCUAUCUUGCGAGCGUCGACUUUCCCUUCAGAGAAGACUCCGGUUCAACUUCCACCCGGACGAGAAGUCUCCCAGCCCGAUAUGGAUUCUCUAAACAGCAGCGAAUCUGGGUCAGUUACGCCCAGAAUGGAGCCGAUGGAGCCGAGGAAGCCGUUAAUCCACGAUGAGCGACUCAACGCACAGUCGGAGGCUGAGAAUAAGCUUGGUGUCCAAGGUAUGGAGGACAAUUCGGUGGAAGAAACUCCCGCAAUUGAAGACCGCCAGGUGGAGGAUGUGACAGAUAAGACUCAGGAAUGA